UGGUUGACGCCACAAUCGCAGCGUUGCCAUGUUAAGAAUCAACAACCAAAUUUUUGCAUCGAAUUCAAUUACCACAGCUUGCAAAUCUAAGAAACGCAGAGAUUGAUGCCCAUUGCCAUCUUCUCUCACUGCCCAAACCUCCUCAGCGACAAUUUAUGUAUGUAUGUACAGUUUGUAUAAACUCGUUUCUUGCAUUGUGUCUUUGCUGCUUGCAUCACAUCACUGACUGAUACUAGGAAUCAUGUUUCCUUAAAUAGAUAGAAAUCGUGUUUCCUCAAAAAUCUAAGACAUUAGAAUAUAUUCCACUAGUUUCCAACUCUGAAAAAAAAAAGAUAAUGUUUUUUGGGAUCAAAAUAUUUGAUUUCUAAGUGAUCUUUCUCCGAUCAUAAUUUGCCACGCGAUCUUAGUCUUAUUUCAGUUGUAUAACUUGUAAGAGAAAAGAUAACGUUUUCACAACAAAGUUGCAAUCUUUCUGAACUCUUUUGCAAGCAAAUCUCUUCCUUUAUAAAGUUUGUAAAACCUCAACAAGCAUCACUUUGAUGAGUUUGAUUCAUAACAAAGACAUGGCCACCACUCUUCCAAAUUCACCACCACCCUCUUCUCUCUUUGCAUCCAUAGACAUGGGCACUAACUCCUUCAAGCUUCUCAUAGUUCGUGCCAACCCAUCUGGCCAAUUCCUCACACUCAACCACCGCAAAGAACCUGUCCUCCUUGGCCUUAACUCAACCCCAACAAACCCUUUUGCUAUCUCCAACCAAUCCCACCUCCUAGCCCUCCAAACCCUCCAAAACUUCCAAAAACUUUUGCUUUCCCAGCAAGUAAUUCCUGAGCACACUCGUUGUGUUGCCACUGCUGCAAUACGUGAGGCAACAAAUGGGAAUGAACUUGUUGAGUGUGUCAAGGAAAAGGUUGGUCUUGAAGUUGAGGUUUUGUCUGGUGAAGAGGAAGCCAGGCUUGUGUACAAGGGUGUGCUUCAGUUUUUGCCACUUGUUUAUGAGAAAUUGGUGUUGGUUAUAGAUAUUGGAGGUGGGUCCACUGAGUUUGUUGUUGGGAAGGGAGGGAAAGUUUGUUUUGGGGCUUCAUUGAAGUUGGGGCAUGUGAAUUUAAAUGAAAAGUUUGUGAAACAUGGUGAUCAUAAUGUUGGGGACAUGAGGGAGUUUAUUAGGUUGGUUAUAGAAGAAUCUGGGGUGGUUGAGAGAAUCAAGGAGUUUGGGGGGGUUGAGAUGGUAGUAGGGUGUUCUGGUACAAUUCGUGCAGUUGAGAAGGCAGUGUUUUAUGGAUAUGCUAAAAGUGAAAUGUUUGAGAAUGACAAUGUGGUUUUGUUUGAGGAGUGGAAGAGGGAUUGGAGGUUUAGUAGAAGGGAAUUGAGCGGUGUGGUUGAGAGGUUAUGUGAUGGGAGGGAGGGAGAGAAGGCAAGGAGAGAUAAGUUCUUUAAUAGGCGGUCAGAGUUUAUUGUGGCUGGGGCUGUGUUGUUGGAGGAGAUAUUUGAGGUGAUUGGGAUUGAGGAUAUGGAGGUUUCUGGGUAUGCAUUAGGGGAGGGUGUUAUUGCUGAGAGUUUGGGUAAGGUGUAUGGUGGUUAUGAUUUGAAUGCCAAUGUGAGGUGGAGGUCUGUUGUGCAGCUUGCAAUGAGGUUUAAUAGCAAGAAGAGCAUGAGAGUUGCUGCUCAGUGUGCUGGCAUUGCAAAGGUGAUUUUUGAAGGCUUGAGAGAAUGUGAAGAGGUUGCUGCCUCCUUGAAUGAAAGGGAUCUUGAAUACCUUGAAGCUGCCUGUUUGCUUCACAGUGUUGGGCUUUUCAUGGGAAAAAAAGGUUACCAUAAGCAGACUUAUCGAAUAAUCAUGGAUGGUGGUCAUCUUCAUGGUUAUAGUACUGAGGAGGUCAAGUUAAUGGCUCUACUCGCAAGACAUCACAGAAAGAAAUUCCCAAAAUCUGAUCAUGCUUCUUUAAUAGCAUUCUCUAACGAGGUAAAGCAGAAAUUUCGAUCUCUUUGUGCAAUUGUACGAAUUUCUGUAGCAUUGCAGCAGCAUCAAUGCAUAAACAUUCAAGAAAUGGUCUUUUCAAUUUCACAUGAAGGUUUCAAAUUGGAAAUAGGUGAUUCAAAAGAUCAAAAUUUGCUGCCUACUACUGCACAACCUUUAGCUGUUGACACUGUGGCAGAGUUAGGGAAAGAGUUGGAAAACUUUAAAAAGGUAUUUCAGCAAGAUUUGUCUGUAGUAGUUCAUUCAAGCACUUCGGAAUCAUAGCAGUAAUAGGAAGACUUGCACCGGAGGCAGUAUCACUCUAUUCUGCUACUACAAAUCAUACUAACCAUUUACUGGGUUCCAUUAGGGGUUCCAUGCUGUUGCCUUAAAAUCAGCAGUAUCUGAUUUCAGAGUUAUCCACCUCAAAUUAUGUUGAAAAAUGCACAAUAUGACAGUUUGGUGCUUCUUAGAAGAAAACUGAAAGGUUCCGAUACAGGAUAUUUGUCAACAUCUCAUGCAUGAGCUGAAAUUAUUAGGCAGCAGUUGCAAUGAGAUGAAAAAGGAUCAUUUUUGUUUAAAAUGGAUUCAUUUCAUAGUUCAUAUUAAAUUUUAUGAAUUUAAAGGUGUACAAACUCUCAAGUCAUUGUAAAUUUUAAAUAACGUGACAGUCUGUACACUAUUCGAUUUAGAAAAUAAAAUAUGAAAUGUGAAAUGGAUGGAAUUGAAAGGAUUUUAUUCCCCAAGGGAUGAAAUUGGUACCCAUGGAAGGAGAAUUGAUGUGUAUUCUAUUGUAUUGAGCAUAAUAAUAUAUAUAGUGAGAGGUCUAUGUAUAUGGACAUAGAAUCUUGGGAUUGCUAGAA